UCCGUUGCCCCGCGGCUCAGCAUAAUCGAAUGCGCCCAUUGUGAAAUUGAAAUGACAACAGCAAGCUAAGGAAGUGAAAGCGGGUAUAUAUAAAACCAAAAACUUUGCUUUUGGAGGAACGUAGACUGAGCACCUCCAUAGAACGACAAUCUAAUGAGAAAGCUGUCAGGAUGUUAGUCCUGCUGUACUUCCUCUUUACGUUCGCUUCAUUGGCUGCUUCAGUGGGGCAGACAAGAAGUGGAAAAAGAUGUGACGCGGGUGUUGCGGCCCCCAUUCCGGUGCUGCUCGUGUCGUUUGAUGGUUUCAGAGCUGACUACCUUCAACGGUUCACUCUACCCAACCUAAAGCUGCUGUAUUCGCAGGGAGUCCUGGUGGAACAACUUACUAAUGUCUUCAUCACCAAGACCUUCCCUAACCACUACAGCCUGGUGACAGGUCUGUAUGCAGAGUCUCAUGGCGUCAUAGCGAGCAAUAUGUAUGACCACGUGACUCAUAAGCACUUCACUAUCUUCAAUGACACCGACCCUUUCUGGUGGAAUGAAGCUGAACCCCUCUGGGUCACUGCACUGGAUUGUGGGUACAAGACGGGUGUGGCCAUGUGGCCGGGGUCAGACUUGCCGAUCAGGAACAGAACAGCGACUCACUUCAUGCCCUACAACCCCUCCGUGACCUUUAGUCAACGCCUGGCCAAUGUCACUGACUGGCUGACUGGGGGCCAGGGUAAAGGGGAGGGGCCAGUAUCGUUUGCAGCUCUGUAUUGGGAGGAGCCAGACAGGACAGGUCACAUGUAUGGACCAGACAACACCACCCACAUAGGACAGGCUCUUAAAGAGGUAGAUGACAAUGUGGGUCUGCUGAUGUCAGAGCUGAUGCGUGCAGGGUUGUGGGGGCAUGUCAAUGUCAUCAUCACCAGUGACCAUGGAAUGGCCCAGUGUUCCACUGAUCGCAUCAUCAGGCUGGAUGACUGUCUGCACCCUGACAACUACUCAGUAGUAGACCUAACCCCUAUCGCUGCUAUCAUACCCAACAGAGACCCCAAGGCUGUGUUUUCCCUACUGAGUGGUUGCCAUACCCACAUGACUGCGUACCUGAAGAAAGACAUUCCUGAUAGGCUGCACUACAGGAACAAUGACAGGAUUCAACCAAUCAUAUUAGUCGCUGAUGAGGGAUGGACUAUCGUACAGAGGGGAGGGCUACCACAUCUGGGAGACCACGGCUAUGACAACACUCUACCCAGCAUGCACCCCUUCCUGGUGGCAGUGGGCCCAGGCUUCCUUCCUGGUUACCGUCUCCCGCUGUUACAGAGUGUUGAUGUCUACCCAAUAAUGUGUCAGCUGCUUGGGGUUCCACCAGCACCAAACAACGGAUCUCUGUCCCAGGCACGCUGCUUCCUGGCUGGGGAGGACUGUGUCGACAUACCCCUGGUGGUGGGACUGGUGGUGGGGGUACUUCUGGUUCUCACCACACUCACUGGACUCUUCAAGUUGUGGAGGCCACGGCGUCAGUCAUCCUCUCGUCCCUUCCAACGCCUCUCUAUACAGGACGAUGAUGAUGAUGACCCUUUGCUGGACUAGAGUAAUCAACUCCCAGCUCGACUAGACUGACCAAUCACAGAUCAGAACGUCAUAUCACAUCCAACCAGAGGUCAUCACCACCUCGCUCCCAACAACCAAUCGGUACUCUGGUCAAACGUUUUGCACUAAAUAGGGAAGAGUGUCUAAUUUCAGACACAGCCAUACUCUGUUAUGAGACUAAACAGAGCAGUUGUCAGAUUUCAGAUUCACACACUCCUCUUUCUCUGUGGUACCAUACUCAUGACAUUUUCAAAUAAAUGCAUUAACUAUAAAUAAACAAAUAUUAAACCACAAAUAGUUAAAAAUAAAGAAAUAAGACACCAAAGAGAACAGUCAGUUGGUAGAAACAAACUGGGGUUACUUGAAUAUGUCUAUAUACAAAGAAGCCACCUAUAAUGAAUGAUAUGUUAUAUAUGUAAAAAAAAAAAAAGGAUUUGCAGACAAUCAUAAAGAAGUAUUCAUCAUUGUUUAAGAGAGAUUCUAGUAAAGGGAGGUAAAUCUGAAUAUUGAAGAGUAUAGUUCAUAAGAGUACCGCUAUAUUGCAGUAGUAUAUUGAACAGCAGUCAUGCUGUAAAGUUGUUAUAGGUUUUAUUAAGGGUUUUAUGAGAUAUUCUGUAUACUACUGAGCCAGGGAGUAGAGUCAAAAACCGGACUGAUGCUAUGUUUCUGUUAGUCACUUAAUUUGAUUUUAUUUAGUAAUGUGUGUUUUCUGAGCUAAGCUAUAGCACUGGCACUAUAUGGCCUCCUGUAGUGUUAAGGAGACCUGUUAUGCUGUUAGAUUCAUGUUCAGGGGCGGCAUUUAUAAAUGUUGCGUAAGUACAAAGAAUACCCCAAAACAUGCAUGUUCCAGUUUUCAUGAAAAAGUUGGCAUUUAUAUAAACUGAACUUGACUUGAGAAUGUGCUUAACUCCCCACAAACUUUAGACCAUGCAUAUGCUCAAUAUCUAGUGGUUAAAGUUUUCUAUUGCAAGCAGGCAUGUACGGAAAGUAGGCUGCCAGGAGCCAUAUGCUGUCAGAUUUAGGCUUUUCGCACUGUUUUAUUUUUGGAAUGUAAAAUAAUUAGACCUAUGAAUCUAUUUCCUUAUUAUUUUAUUAAUGAUUGCAGUAGCCUAGAUUACUGUAUUAUAAUUUUUUUUGUAGCCUAGACGUUUCAGAAUUUGCGGACAGUCCAGCAUAUUUUGGUUGAGGGAAAAGUCUAUGCAAAACAUGUUGAAUUCAAACGUUAUGCUGACAGGUCCACAACAAUUUGCCUUUUUUUUUUUUUUCCAUACACUGUCAGUCCUUUGCCAAAUACAACAUAAGUUACUGCAAAUUAUUAAAACAUUCUGCCAACACUGCAUGGUCCUUCUGUAGCUCAGUUGGUAGAGCAUGGCGCUUGUAAUGCCAGGGUAGUGGGUUCGAUUCCCGGGACCACCCAUACGUAGAAUGUAUGCACACAUGACUGUAAGUCGCUUUGGAUAAAAGCGUCUGCUAAAUGGCAUAUAUUAUUAAAUAGACCAGUAGCGUAUGUAACAUUUUUGACAGUAGGCUACAGUAUUGCUGUUCUAUAGGAGCGCAGCAUCAUAGAAUAAUUAAUCUCAGAGCCUAUACCUACCAAGGCAGGAAAUAAACAGUCUAUUGAAAAACAAAAUAUUGAACAAUUCGUUUUUGCUGUAGCAUUUACUUUGAAAUUGUUUCAAAUAAAUAAUCAAUCUUGCAGAACACACAGUGUCUAGCACUCCCUUUAGGCAGCAAGCAUGUUUAUUUAGAAAAAGUCACCGCAAAAUAUUAAAACGUUCUGCCCACACCUCUACAGAAAUGUGAUCAAAUUAACCAUUACCCGUUUUAUUUAUUUAUUUUUUAGAAACUGUCGUGGCCUAAUUCCAAUAGUUCCAAAUUAUAUACAGUAAAUAAAAGGUGUUAUUGUCACCAUAAAUGGUGACUGGUGCCGUUAUAAUGCUCGUUCACACACGCACAGUUUUAGGAUGGUUCGGAUUUAUAACUGGACAUAUGUGUAUGUAUGGUGUGCGCCAAGUUUAGAAAUCUCUAUUUUUAGACUUAGGUAUUCGUUUUCAGAAAUAGCGCACGCAGAUAUUUUGUUAUACAUUUACGCAGCGGUUAUAAAUGAAGCCCCAGGUCCUUUAUCUAAAAAUAAGUCAUUGUUUUGUGUUUGUUUGAUUCUCAAGCUACAGUGUGUGUGUGUGUCGGCUGAGAAAGGGUGUCCAAUGUCUUUUUAUUAUUCUUUAAUCUUUUUAUGCACAUGUUUAUUUUGUGUGGUUUGUUUCCAGAUAGCUCAGAUCUUCCAUUAUUACAUGAUUGUAGUUGUGUAGAGAAGUUGAAGAUCUGCUGUUACUGUGGGUACUAUACCAUAGUUACUAUGUUUGCAGUACUAUGAUUACUGUGCUGUUACUGUGUUAUUACUAUGCGAACCAGUUGAUGUCCCACCUCCAGGUGUUUACUGAAUUGGUCCUCUGUGUGUUUCUGCUCAUAUUGUCAUUGAAGGACAAAUAAAAGUAUAAAGUGUA